CAAUCAGGAGACCGCAUGCAAAUAAACCGGCACCGCCCCCCGCAGCUCGCGGACGGGGGCGGGGCCGGGCGGUUGCCGUGGCGACGCGCGCGGCCGAGCCCCCGGGCGGCUCCCGGGGAGACCCCCCGCGCCGGGCGGGCCCGGGCGGCGGCCAUGCCAGUGCGCGCGGCCGGUGCUGAGUCAGGAGCCGGCGCCCCGGGAUCCCCCUCCGAGGCCAUGGAGGAGCUGGAGCACACCUGCCCGCAGCCGCGCCUGACCCUGACGGCACCUGCUCCUUUUGCUGAUGAAACAAGCUGUCAGUGCCAAGCUCCCCAUGAGAAACUAACCAUUGCACAAGCCCGCCUGGGAACUCCAGUUGACAGACCUGUCAGAGUAUAUGCAGAUGGGAUUUUUGACCUCUUCCACGCUGGCCAUGCUAGAGCUCUUAUGCAAGCCAAAACUCUAUUCCCAAAUAGCUACUUAUUAGUAGGAGUUUGCAGUGAUGAUUUAACUCAUAAAUUCAAAGGCUUCACUGUGAUGAAUGAAACGGAGCGAUAUGAAGCCCUCAGACACUGUCGUUAUGUGGAUGAGGUCAUCAGAGAUGCACCCUGGACACUGACACCCGAGUUCCUUGAAAAACAUAAGAUUGACUUCGUAGCCCACGAUGACAUCCCGUACUCUUCCGCUGGCUCGGAUGAUGUAUACAAACACAUAAAGGAGGCAGGAAUGUUUGUGCCAACACAGAGAACCGAAGGUAUCUCCACAUCAGACAUCAUCACAAGGAUUGUCCGGGACUACGACGUGUACGCCCGGCGCAACCUCCAACGAGGAUACACCGCCAAAGAGCUGAAUGUCAGCUUUAUAAGUGAGAAGAAAUACCGCUUUCAAAACCACGUGGACAAAAUGAAAGAAAAAGUCAAGAAUGUAGAGGAAAAGUCAAAAGAAUUUGUUUACAAGGUGGAAGAGAAGAGCCAUGACCUCAUUCAGAAAUGGGAAGAAAAGUCCAGGGAAUUUAUUGGCAACUUUUUAGAGCUGUUUGGACCUGACGGAGCUUGGUGCCAUGUUCCCUGGGGAGGGCAAGAAGGGAACUCUUCUGAUGAAAUGCCCUGGUUUACCAGCAUCGUCCACAUCCACUUGAAGCUUCCCCUCACCCAACAGCCCAAGGAGCACCUUGCCUGCAAAGGGUAUGACUUACUGACCCUACUAGGGCACAGUUGGAAGGAAAGAUGCAUUCUGGAGGCAAGUGAAUUACACCACCUCCUCCUCCUGCAGCAGUUGUGGUUUUAGCCAGAAACCUGGUGGAAUCCAGCACUAGUGCAGGAGGCAAUUCGGAGUGGCCAGGCAGUUACCCUGCUGAAGGUGUGAAUACACCAGCUUGUGCAAGCCACAAACCCUUUGCUGAAGCAGGGACUGGGAAGCAGGUGUCCUUACAGCCUGGCCAAGGGCCCUAGUAGGAAGGUGGGAUUCCCCUUUCCAUCUCUGGCCCAGAUGACCCAAGAUACAGCCACAUACCCCCUGCCACAUGGGAUACCAGCCAAGCUGGGACACUUGGAUCUCCCCCAGCACUGGUACCACACCACUAUGAAGCACCACUAUACCUCUGAGCUUUCUGAAGUGGCAGGAGCAAGUCGAAGUGUUUUGGUUGGCCAGGGUAAAGAUACUUCACAUCAAACAUUUUUUUGUUUGUUGGGAGUCAUUUUCACUGAGAGGGUGAAACAGAUUAAGUCAAGCCAACAGAACUGCAGAUUUCUGUGAUCUAAAGAGAAGUUUUGCACCCCUACCACUGAAUUGCAAACAGGCUUUGGGGCUUUGCCAGCCCUGGUGACAUCCUCACAGCUCUCAGCCACAGAAAUCCUCCCCCAUUCCUGGCACCAUUUAUCAGGAGCAACCACCAUCUGCUAACUGUUGAGAUUUUAGGAAGUCUUGGCUAUUUUGGACCUAGCAGUUGUGCAGGGGUAGGUUACACACCGUGGGGUGUUGGUAAGUGUGGCUCCAGGCAGGAACUGUUCUGCCAUUCCGCACUGCAGCAACAUCCAGGCUCUAAAACUAAGUCAAUAAAGGCCAACGUGCUAAAGAUGUUAAUUGGGAGAGGGAGCUCACAGGGGAACAGUUAAGUUCAGUAUUUGUGCUCGAUUUUUAACACUUGGGAUUAGCAAACACCAGGAACCUGAGGGGAAAAUCAGCAUUGGCCUCUCUGCUGGCAGGGAAGUUUCAAAGAGGGGAAGGAAGAACAAAAUGGGCAGCUACAGGCUCCUUGGCUGGUAGUAAGGUCGGCACACAGUAGAGUCACUGCGGGGAGAAGGGGAGGAGAGGAACAAGAUGAAAACUUAGCUAAGAUCAAGUCUGCAGCUGCCCAAACAGGCAAAUCCAGCAUACAUUCUGCACAAGUAUUUUCCUCUCAGACCUGAAUGGCAACUUAACUUUGUC